CACUAUAAUAUAAAUGCCUAAGUUUUUUAAGUGUUACUAUUCUGUACCACUGUAGGAACCUAUUUAAUUCAUAAAACAUAAAUUUAUAAAAAACAAUUAUAAUCUAUGACUUAGAUCAUGAAAAUUUAAAAAUUAUAUUUAACAAAUGUUUUUGUUUAGUUAUAAAAAAACAGCCCUUUAAACAGAUUUAACCUAUUUAACAUGUUGUCAAGAAAAAAUAAAGAUACUAGAACUAUUAAAGAAGGAGUGGUUGGAAAAUAUGUAAAAAAAGACAAACCACCGGAAAUACCAAUUAUAAAUGUAUGGACUACAGAACCUUUCAGAAAAAAUAACCACAGCCGGACUAAUGUUUCAGAAUCUCCAAAUGCAAAUAAUACAAACCAACCAAGUGGUACAGUUCAAAAAUUCGGUAAUGUGAAAAAUACACCAUCUCCAUCAAUGCUAAUUGGCCAUGAAGGGAAGUAUACUCCUAGUAGUUCUGUUCCUGAUUUAGCUCAAAAAUUUGCCAAUGCUAAUUUAUGGAGUAGUUCACCAGGUAUAGCUGCUGAUCAAUCAAUAAAUGUUAGAAAUUGUAGCAAUAGAUAUAUUUCCAAUGACUGCCACAUUAAUCAUCAAAUAGGAACACAUACUAGUGCCACUUGUUUGCCUUAUCAUUCACACUCUGAUUUAGCAGAGUCAUCUGUUAUUUUACAUGGAUUUGGUGACAAUACAAUUUACUCGCCAGCAUUAUCACAAUGUUUCCCAACGAUUCAAUUACAGCACAAGAAUGAAAUUAUUAAUACUCAUCAUUCCACCCCAGCCUUACAUAAUAUUGGACAGACUGUUCCAAUACCAUUACCUUCAGGCGGAGGGGAAGAACUUCCCUUACCACCAGGUUGGUCUGUAGACUUAACAUUAAGAGGUCGUAAGUAUUAUAUCGACCACAAUACAAAAACUACACACUGGUCACAUCCUUUAGAAAAAGAAGGUCUUCCUACUGGAUGGGAACGUAUUGAAAGUGAUGAGUAUGGAGUAUAUUUUGUUAAUCACAUUUCUCGACAAGCACAAUAUGAGCAUCCAUGUGCUCCACACUAUAUUUAUCAACCAGAAGUGAGAAUUCCAUUGCCACUUUUACCUCCCCCGCCACCAAGACCUACACAUUUUCAUCCUCAUAAUAUGCUGGUACCUGCUAAUCCUUAUCUAAAUCAAGAAAUCCCUGUAUGGCUCAAUGUUUAUUCUCAUGCAGCACAAACAUUAGAUCAUAAACUUAGAUGGGAAAUGUUUAGGCUACCAGAACUUGACUGUUUCAAUGCUAUGUUGACUCGUUUAUAUAAACAAGAAUUGGAAGAGAUUGUUAUGCGUUAUGAAGUUUAUAGAUCUGCAUUAUUGUUUGAAAUGGAUAGAAGACAUAUGCAAUCUCAAUAUAUUGAAACGAAUGAAUAUAAUCGUUAUGGACCAGGACCACGUAUUAUUGAUGUAACAAAUGAUAAUCUACGUGAAGUUGCACUAUCGCAACAUACAGAAACUAAAGUUUAAUUAUUAAGUAUUCAAAUUUAAUUUUAUAAUAUUGUGCAAGUUAUUUUACAUUGUUUUUUUAUACCACUACUAUGGUUAAUUAGUUAAUGAUACUAUGAAUAUAUUAAAAUAUCAUUAAGGUUUUACUACAUUCUGUGAUUGUUAAAUUAAUAUUUAAUAAUGUAAUUACUAUUAUGACUAAAAUAGGAUAUGGUCGAAAUAAAGCUUCUAUUAUUUUUAUUAUAA